CUAACAAAAAAUAGUUUAACAUAUUUCUAGAAUAUUAUUUUACAUGUACAUAAAAAUUGCUAAAUAAUUUAACUCCUAGUUGGGAUGUUAGUCAUGUAAGCUUACUAGUUAGUACUUAAUUAUCACUGCAAAAGCAGGAAGAGAUUAUGCCAUGAUUUGUAAUCAUAAUAAAUAAUGUAUAUCACAUUUAAACAUACUCAAUAGCAUUGAUCCUAUUUGUCUUUCAAACUGUAUCCUAUUAUGUUUGCAUGAUUGCUCUUUUCUGUUUGUUACACAAAUUACAGAGAGUAAGCCAUGCUCAAAUAUGUAAUGUGUACACUAGUCCUCCCUAACAACAUAUAUAUAGGCUAAGAUGAUUGUAGGUGCAAAUAACAGCAAAUAAAAGUAUUAGACUUUUUCAUUUUUUUUCGUGAUAGGUCCAUCUGUCAAAAAAUGUAUAAAGUGAUGUGCCUCUAAGCAAGACCUCUAGGAUGUUUAAUAGUCUAUUGAAGUUCUUGAAGGUGAUAGGUCUAUAGUUGAAACAAAUAGAUUUCAUAUAGUUUUCCAACAAAAUACUAAAUUUCACUUGAAUAUCACUUAAGAAAAUGCUAUCUAACUAUUAUAUUGUGACCCUCAUUUGUUUCAUCGAGAGAGCUCCUGAUGAACCAGUGGCAGGACUAGACCUCCAUUACUAGGAGAUUUCUUGUCAUUAGUUCAAUAUUUGCUCACUAAACCAACAAUAGCAGAAGUUUCUUAUGUGGCACAAUUCCCUAAGUUAAAGUAUCAUUAAUAUUACUUUGCAUUUACACAUUUUAAUUUCCAUGUGUCUAAAGUUGAUUUUUUCAUUUCAUUAUUAAGAACCAUUGUUUUACAACAAAGUCAAUGUUAUUCCCGUGUUAAACACAGUUUACAAUAUAUGAAAUGGAGAUCACUACAAUUUUAAACAAAUUGUAAAGAUUCAAGAACAAAGAAUAUAUCUAGAAUAUCAACCUCAUUGUUCAUGGCUCUCAAAUUGUUAGCCGUGACAAUGAUGCUUCCAAUUAUGGAUUUGAUGGUAUUUUAAAUUUGAAAUUGCACGAAAAAGCAUUGAGGCAUUUCCACAAAAAAAAUUAGUGUAUAAAAUAUUGGUUUAAACGUGUACCACGAGAUCACACAUUCACAAUGUGGUGAUGUGUGUUUUGUUUGGCUUUGUAGCUUAUCUCUUCAGUCAUAUGGUACAUGCCUAUAGACAUAAACAAUAUAUUGUUUGUAACAACGAAGUCAUGACUCUCAAGUAAGUUAUAACAUCUGCUUGUUAUAAUGUUUAAAAAAAAUCAUUAUUAGUUGGAAAUUAAUUUCAAACUAUUUAGGACAAUGGUGUAACUUUUCGAUGACAAGAAUAUGGUUCAAUUUUGUUAGGUAUUUCAAAUGAUGAAUCAUGACAAGUAAGAAAUCUUCUCCUCCCUAUUCUUUUGAUGUUUGUGUUAUUGGGUAUAAGUGGGGACGAUAUGAAGGUGUGUUCGCAUAAUAUAAGAUUGUGUUGAUGCGCAAUUUAAAUGAUACUCCCACCGUCCCAGUGUUUUCGUCCACUUUUCCCUUUUGGGAUGUCCUAGUGUAUUCGUCCACUUUCCUUUUAAGGAAAAUUAAAAAUGAUAUAGUUACCCUUUUGCCAUCAAUUACAUAUCCCUUUUCUCUUUCUCAUUCUCCCUGGGACCUUACCAUAACUACUCCACGCCACAAUCUCUUCAUCCCAUUUUCUUCUUCCUUCCUGUUCCAAUUAUUCAAUUCUUUCAAGAAUCCUUCAACAUUCGUAUUUUUCUACCGCCACCAACAUGUCCAAUGAAGGUUACUCUUUGAGUUACGGAUGAAUCCAGACUUUGGAUUUGAUGAAGAUGGUGAUAGAUCCACACUUUUCUCGGUUGCAGAUCUAUCCUUCGGCAAGCACAGGUGUAGCAACAGUAAAUCUAAGCUUUUCCCGUCACAGGUCUGUCAUCGGGCAAUUUCAAAUACAAAAACAAUGGAUCACCAAGCAACCAUGAUGCAAUAGCGACAGAUUUAAGUUAUUCGUUGUCAAAGAUAGCCUCAUAUUGUCAUGGUUCGAUUGAGUUGAUGAAGACAGUAGAUCGGUGUUUUUCUCAUCUUUUUGUGCCCGUAUUUGCACUUUGUUUUUCUAUUUUUGGAUCUAGAUUGCAUCAGAUCUAAGGAAGAUUCCUUCAAAAACAAUACUUUCACUUGAUUUGUGUUAUUGAUUAACAAUUGGCCAAUAGUUUAAUUGAGUUGUAAAGAAAAAUGCAUGGCUUAAAAAUUGGUAAAGAGUACAAAUUCAAGUCAUUCAACAGUAAAAGUAGAUGUGACAUUUGCUUUUAUGCCUCCACUUGCCUUCUUCUACCGUAGCCUCCUUUCUUCUUAACAUUGCCUAGAAGGGCAUUUUAGACAAGUUCCUUUCUCUUGUCCCACUCCUUGGUAUUUGUGCCAAAACCAAAGACCAAAGUAGACAAAGAGAGUGGGACGAAUGGAGUACUAAGUAUAUAUGAGUUUAGAUUGCAAACUAACUUUAAAAUAAUAGUUCAAGUUGAAAUAUAAUUUCGUGAGGAAUUGAAUGAAAAACAUAAUAUAAAUGAUACUAAAUAUUUAUGAGUUGUGAUUUCAAUCUAAUUUUGAACCAAGACAAUGAAAGUUGCAACCUGAUUUUGCAUCAAGUAAAGACUAUGAUCUCCCAUUAGUUAAUUUAUUUUUCGUAAUCAACACAGUUCAUGACUUUCUCCCAUGUAAGGUAAGGGAGAUAUCAAUCUUUAAUAUAUUAUGAAAUCGGAUUGCAACUUUGAUUGUCUUUAUUCAAAAUUAGAUUGCAAUCACCAGUUACUAAAAUUUAGUAUCAUUUACAUUGUCUUUCCCAUAUUGUUCCUUCAUAACAAUAUAACUAUUUGUUGAAAGUUAUAUUGCAAUCACAACUCAAGUAUCAAAUAUACUUGCAUAAACAUGCAAACAAACCUACCAUCAUACCAUCCCACUUUUAUCAUACACUACCCAACAACACAAAUAGAAAAACAAGAAAAAAUAUUUCUUACUAAUAAGGAGAAAUACCUAACAAAAAAGAACCAUGCCAUUGUGCUCGAGAAGUUGCAGCAAUGUCAAAAAAUAGUUUGAAAUCAAUUAGAAACAAAUGACAAUAAAAAAAAUUAGACCCUACUAUGGGUAGAUGUUAUAACAUACUUAAGAGUCAUGACUCAACCAUUCUCGACAAUAUCUUACUUAUGUCUAUAGGCAUGCACCUUAUGACUAACGACAUAAACUCAAAGCCAAGCAAAAUACACAUGAUUGCAUUGUGUAUGUGCAAUCUCAUUGGACACAUAAUCCAAUAUCUUACAGACUAGCCUUUUACAUGUUGGUAAUACCUCACUACAUUCCAAUGCAAUUCCAAAUCAAAUACACCAUCAAACACAGGAAUAGCACCUACAUUCUUAUGCUUGAUAAUGUCAUCGAGUAGGCCAUCAAAAAUGGGGUUGAUGGUUAAGGAUAAAUCCAUU